AUGUCAUCACAACCUUCGACUCCAUCUCGCUCCCUCCUCCGCGGCUCCGCAAUCCUCAUAAUCUGGGGCCGUCAAUCCAACCUCAGCACCGCCGACGAACGCGCUCUCAACGACUGGUGGACAAACGAGCACCUACCCGAACGGCUCGCUAUUCCAGGCUUCCGCCGCACGCGACGAUACUACCACACCUCGAAGGACAGCUCCGACGAGACCACGGCCUCUCGCUCGCACUCGCAAGCGCACGGGCACUCUUAUUCGCACUACCUGGUAGUCUACGAAGUCUCGUCCCUCUCCACGCUCACAUCCCCGGCGUACAUGCACGCGCUCAACAAUCCCACAGUUGGCACCCAGAAAUUCAUGCCCGUGCUCGCCAGCAUGAACCGGUCGGCGUGUACCGUCUUAUCCUCCGUUUCGCGGCCGGAGUUUUCGCAGUGUCAGCGCGGCGGAGUCGGUGGGACGCUCGCGCACGUACUCUUUGAGGCCCCCGGGUCGUCCGAGGCGCGAGAAGGGUUGAGAACGUACCUCGCCACUGAGGCCUGGGAGUUGAUACUGAGCUUCUUCCCCAGCGUUCUGGCGAUGCACCUCCUUGAGCACGACGAGGAGGCGUCCCGGAGUGGGAAUUCGACCAGGUCGUACGAUAAUGUCAAGUUCCAGGCUGCUGCUGCUGUUGCUGGGGGUGGCGGUGGCGCGGAUGAGCAACACCGGACGUGGAUGCUGCUGGUCGAGUUUAGUGAUCCGUUUGAGGCGCCGUUUGCGAGCUAUAAGGAGAAGUGUCCAGGGUUUAGCGAGGGGUUGGGUGCACGUGGCGUCGAUUUGUCGACGUUAAAGGAGGAGAUUUACGGGCUGGUUGUUGCGAUGGAGGAGUGA